AUGCCCGAAUUCACAGAGGCGGACACCAUCCGCAUCCUGGUUGCGACAGACAACCAUGUCGGCUACGAAGAGCGCGAUCCGAUCCGAAAAGACGACAGCUGGAAGACUUUCGACGAGAUCCUGAACAUUGCCAAGGCCCAAGAUGUCGACAUGGUCCUCCUCGGCGGUGACCUCUUCCACGACAACAAGCCUUCGCGAAAGUCCAUGUACCAGGUCAUGCGCAGUCUGCGAAAGAACUGCCUCGGCAUGAAACCUUGCGAGCUCGAGUUCCUCAGCGACGCGAACGAAGUUUUCGAGGGCGCAUUCCCCAACGUCAACUACGAAGACCCCGACAUCAACAUCUCCAUUCCCGUCUUCUCUAUCCAUGGCAACCACGACGACCCAAGUGGCGAGGGUCAUUACUGCUCUCUGGAUCUUCUCCAGGUUGCCGGUCUCGUCAACUACUUUGGUCGCAUUGCAGAGGCCGACAAUAUCGAGGCGAAGCCAGUCAUGCUGCAGAAGGGACAAACCAAGCUAGCCCUCUACGGACUGAGCAAUGUGCGCGACGAGCGCAUGUUCCGUACCUUCAGAGACAACAAGGUCAAGUGGUAUCGCCCGGAUAUCCAGGAGGGGGACUGGUUCAACCUUCUUACCGUACACCAAAACCACCACGCACACACCGCCACCUCAUACCUCCCCGAGACCGUCCUGCCCAACUGGUUGGAUCUUGUUGUCUGGGGCCACGAGCACGAGUGUCUCAUCGAUCCCUCGCAGAAUCCCGAAACUGGCUUCCAUGUCAUGCAGCCUGGCUCUUCCGUCGCCACGUCGCUAGUACCAGGCGAGGCCGUCCCGAAGCAUGUCGCCAUCCUGAAUGUAUCUGGAAAGGAGUUCAAGGUGGAGAAAGUUCCCCUCAAAACCGUCCGUCCUUUCAUCACAAGGGAGAUCGUCCUUUCCAGUGAUUCGCGCUUUAAGGGUCUGCACGCCAAGAAGGACAACCGUCAAGAACUCACCAAGAGACUUAUGGUGGUCGUCGAGGAGAUGAUUCAGGAGGCAAACGAGGAUUGGGCUGCCAUCCAGGAGGACGAAGAGGAAGAACCUCCGUUGCCCUUGAUCCGUCUCAAGGUCGAGUACACCGCCCCCGAGGGUGGUAAAUACGACUGCGAGAACCCACAGCGAUUUUCCAACCGAUUUAUUGGCAAGGUUGCCAAUACCAAUGACGUCGUCUACUUCCACCGGAAGAAGGCCGGUGCCUCCAAACGCAACGCCGAGACAGAUAUCCCCGAGAUGCUGGAAGAAGCCCUUGGAUUAGACACAAUCAAAGUGGAGGCCCUGGUUCAAGAGUUCCUAGCGGCGCAGUCCCUGAAGAUUUUGCCUACGGCUCCUUUUGGAGACGCUGUCAACCAGUUCGUCAACAAAGACGACAAGCACGCAAUGGAAGAGUUCGUUAGCGAGUCACUGGCUGGCCAGGUCAAGCAAAUGCUUAGCCUCGACUCCGACGACGAGGACUAUGACAAGCACAUGGAGAUGUACAGAUCCAAGCUUGAGGAGCAGUUCUCUAAGGGACUGUUGAAGGAGCGUUCGAAGCGGAAGAUCAAGCCCAAGCCAGACGACUGGGAUUCUGAUAUGGACGGUCAUUGGGAAGAUCAGCCUGGCGUCAUUGAGACAGAGACGGUCUCAGAGCCCGCUACGGCUAAGGCGAGAUCGAGACGGGCGCAGACACAGGACGACGACGACAUGAUGGACCUGGAAGAUGAGCCAGUUGCCCGUCAACCUGCGAAGCGUGGGGCAGCCGCUCGUACAACAAAGGCUGCUGCGCCGAAGAAGGCCCCGGCGAAGAAGGCGGCGCCAGCAAAGAAGGCACCCGCCAGAGGCCGCAAGAAGCCCUUGUUUGAGGAGGAGGAUGAAGAGGAAGAGGAUGUGGUGAUGGACGAUGAUGACUUUGAGGAAGUACCCGCCCCCACGCGCGGUAAGAGAUCGCAACCGGCACGCGCAGCACCCAAGACGACGCGCCAGACGAAACUCAAUUUUUCUCAGGCUGCUGCUUCGCAGAAGGCGGUGGAAAUUAGCGACGACGAGAUUUCCGAGGACGACGCUUUUGAGCCUGCUCCUAACACCCGGUCCAGACGGAGAUGA